AUGCCCAAUCACAUCAUCUCCGGGAGAGACCCCAUCCCGGAAAUGUUGUGGCUGAUGGUUGGCGGAAACAUUCUCUCCCCGCCACCGACGUGGGACCGCUUCCUACUCAUGGCAGGUGAGCGUGUCAAAGUAGAGCGGGAGGCCAAGGCCGAAGAGAAAGAGUUCAAAGAAGCCAAGAAACAGGCCAUGGCUGAACUCAAGGCACAGGAGAAGGCAACUAAGGAGGCGUUCAAGGGUGGGCUAGUGGCCUGGAGAAAACGGAAGCACGAGGCAAAGACCAAUAGUGAGGGAGAGGACGAAGAACGGUCCAGUCGAGAGAAUCGACAACCAGAGAAUAACAGCGGCGGCGACCACGACGGAACCGAGAUAUGUGGGUGA